UAGAAAGCGUAGUUCAGUGAAUUGUAUUGGUGCACUGCCCAAGUAAGGCCUUACCAGGUGAAUCUAAAGCCUACUUUUAUUUUGGUUAAUGAAAAAACAAAUCUAUCAAUAAUCUGUUUUGUGAGUUUUCUCAGUUUAUUAUCAGGCAAACACAAGACAUUAAUGUAUUCUUUUGAUUUACUUCCUAAUUAUAAAAGCUGCUUCUUUGCAAGACAUUCCUUGAAAAAUAAGGUUUUGUAAAGACAUAAUAUCACUUGAACUUUUUGGUGGAGUGGAGUACAGGUUGAUCUUUAUACUUUACUGGUUGAUAAAAAGUCUUCUGCCAAGAGAUUUCUAGUCUCCUGCAUAACCAGGGUUUUGAGGAUAGAUAAUUGUAUUUUUAAAAAUAUCUCAUCAUAGCGUAUCUGCUUUGGAAAUAACAAUAAAUAAAAAAUGAAGUUAGGAAAUGUGAUUAAUUUUUUUCUUUUAAAAUAGUUUGGCACAUGAAUUACUUUCAAGCUCAGGUUUUUACAGAAAAGCAUUUUAAUCAUAUUUUCCUGUACCUCUGCGCUUGACGAACGCUACCCUUGCAAGCUUUAUUUGCAGAUCUUCAAACUAAAAAUCCGAAUAUGGUGUGAUGACAGGCAGGCCGUCUGUGUUAGGUAGCAGUGUCUGUUGUUUUCACUGUUGGCCAUAUUCAGCGGUAUCCUGGUCAUAAAUGACCAGGCAAGAAAACAAAGUAAAAUUGUAAAGUAGUGCCUUUAGAAAGGGCAUGACUGUCUUUAACUGUCUUCUGUGGUAAAGUAACGGUGAAGCCCUUAAGUAAGCCGAAGGAGGGUGCGUUCCCUUCCCACCCAUGAUACUGAACUGGAAACUGGGAUGUGGCUCACAGGCCGCUGGGGGGCAGGAGGCAGCUGCACAAGUGGUCGCGUCUGCGUGAAAUGGCGGUAGAUGCAAAUGGAAACACCUUUGCACUCCCACGCCCUGCCCCAGGCUCUCCUCUGUCCCUCUUAAAGGCAGGCGUGUGGUUGGAGGUUCCUGCAAGAAUGGGGCUCAGCCUGCAGCCUGUUGGUUCAGCAGGAAGUCCCUCAAAUGUCUCCUUAUCCUCUGACAGCACGCUACUGACAGGAUGAGGAGAAUCGGUCCUAAAGUGAGUAGUUCCCAUCCUUGCGUCAAGUUUCCAUCUCCUCCAGUGUCAGCACUGAACUAGCGAGUUUUUCUCCAGAAGAGUAUUUUGUAAUUCCUGCCCAUUGCCGUUUGUGAGCUUGAGUUCUACAAGAACACCAGUAUUUAUGCGCAAGAGGUGCGUGCGUUAGUACAGGGGCGAACUCUGAAAAGGAGGUGGGUUUCUGUUCUUCCCACGGAGUUUCCUCUUUGCAGAAGGAUAUUGAUAACUCAUGAAGAUACACAUUUUUAACAUUAAAAGAUCAUCACUCAGAUUUAUGUAAGUCUGAAACAGCUAAGGUGAUUUUUAUUUUUUCCUGGGCUUUGCUCAGAGGGAAUGGUAAGAAGUUUGCUGUUCUCAUUGCUUGUUUGUAGAAAGAAUAUUGCUCUAUUAGUGUUCCAAAUACGGCGGGUGGGGGAAGGGGGCUGUUCUUUCAGAAGCGAUCAGGUCGUGGCCCAUUUGUUCCCUCUACCGUGGAUUGCAGCUGUUUAAAAUGGCCCGGCCGAGUGUUUCCGGAAAGCGUGGCUUUUUGGUGGUGUAAGAUUGCUGCUGAUACUUAAACACAGUCAAGGGCACGAGUCUACGGUGCGUCCUGGGCUUGGGCAGAGCUGGGAAGUCAGGCCUUGGGGCCUCAGGUCAGAUUAGCCAGGGCGCUGACGGGCCGCCUGUCUUUAGGCAGUUCGGUUCACUUCUCUGGUCUGUAAAAUUAGUUGAUUACAUGGCUUCCUUCCCAGCUCGAGGACCUCUUCUUAACCAGUGAGCUGUGGUGUAUCGGGAGGUAGUUCUCCAGGGGUCUGUCUCAUUUCUGCAAGUGUUAGGGGUAAAGCACUGGCCAUCUCUGCUCCACGAUCUCUUCAAGGCAGUUUGAAGAGAAUACGACCUCGGGAGAGAGGACAUCUUCCUCCAGAGCCAAGUGAUGCUUUUCUUACUGACCCGUGUAAUCAAGGUAUGUCUCACCGAAGCAAAGGUCAGGCCGGCUUGCUGUGUGUUUAUUGGAGACUCAGGUUCCCAAAGCCCUGCUUCCUCUCCCGGGACACGACACCCUGCGUGCAGGCAUCACCUGGCCCGCUCUGGGCUGCGUGUGGAGGUCGCCUGGGGUAUCAACACAGACGCCGGGGCUCUGGUGCCUCCUCCUGCUGUGAGUUGCCAGCCCCUGCUCUCUGGCCCGGGAGCCUCAAGUCUCCUGCCAGCAGCCGGGAAGCUGGCGGGUCUUCUUCUAAGCCGGCAGGUGGGGAGAACUUACCAUGUUUCACAGUUGUUGGCAAUAUGUUCCCGGCUCAGCAUACUCUAUGAAUGGAAAUUUUUUUUUACAAAUGUCAAUGAUUAAUUUAUUGUGCACCACCCAUAGUGUUAUUUCUAUCACUGAGGAGAUGUUACUGUCAUGCAGUACCUUUAAAGUGUUAAAUCCCUCUACUCUCUAAGGAAAAAGUGAAAAACGGGGCAACACACAGCCCCACCCUCUCCUUUUUGCCAAUAAACAGGUAUUUCCCUGAUUUUUAAAUUCUCUGUCGACCAGAAGUGAUGGUUCUAUGCCACUAGUUUAGUUAUCAGAACAGGGUGAUUGUAGGUUACCCUGUUAACCGGCUUCAGGGGAAGAAAUUCUUACGGAUUAACUCGAAGUAGCUCAUCUUGAUGUGAUCUCAGCCGGAGGUGGACAACAGGUGGCCAUCUGCACCCUCAUCACCACGCAUUGUUUUCUAGGUUGUCUCUGAAUUAUCUUUCUCAAGUUUAAUAAUCCGAAAUCUUUAUCCUUCUUGUGUAAACUCUUUGAAGCAGUUUCAGAUUUACAGAAAAGUUGUGAGAGUGGCACAGAGAAAUCUUCAUAAAACACCCCUUUCCGGUGUUGCCGAACCUGUGAAGGAUAAGAUCUUUGUGCAGCAGACCCGGUGCAGGGUCGUGCCGGCACCUGCACCCUCUUCACCCGGGACGCCCCUCCCCAUGUCGCCGUGGUUCCUGUUACCCUGACGUCUGAAAGCUAGUUCAGCAGCCGCCCCCGCCCUGCCGUGCCUUCCGGUUGGGCCGGGUCCUGCGUCACAGAGGUGAUGCUCUUCUCAGUGCGUCUUAUCAAGGUGACACGCAGUGUCCACGUGUCCCAUGACUGAUGCUGUCGGUGUCAACCCUGUAACCAUUUCCCCUCUGUAACCGGUGAGUAUUUGUGAGAGGCUCUGCGACCACGCGGCCAAGUGCCUCAUCCCGCCGACAGCCUGUGUGGUACCCCGGCGUCUCCCUGCUUGCAGGUCCCUUCAUUCCCUCUGUCAUCAGGAGCUGGUAUUCCACUUUGAGAACGGGCUUCCUGUUCUCCCUCGGUGGUUUAUUCUUGUGUUUAUGGUGGUUCGGGCUUGUGGCUUCCUGUUUUAUUUCAUGGCUGCAUCCAUCAGGAUCCUUACUUAUUUUGACUCUCAAAUAGUCCUGGAUUUGGCCAGUAGGGGCUCCUUCAGGUAGCUUUGAGUCCUUUUGACAUGCCCACGUUACUCUCUGAGCGCUUUCUUACUUUCUGGCCCAAGAAAUUGUUCCCUUUCCCUGUCCCAGCGCUGGAACCAGCCAUUUCUUCCCGAAGCCCUGGCUCCCUCUAGUGGAGCGUGGUAUUUAGAAGCCAAGAGCUGAGUGGUGGGGGUGGCGGGGGGGGGGAAGAGAGAGAGAGAGUGUGAGUGAGUGUGUGUAUGUAUGUGUGUGCGUGUGUGUGCGCGCGCACUCAUCAUCGAUCUGAGACUUUUCACCCGUCUACACGUGAAACCAUGGGGUCCCAUAGAUGCUCCAACACUGCAGGCUUCAUCCCCUCCCCCUCCAACAGUGAGAGCCCCGCCUCCGGACGCACAACCAACUCCUGCAGCUUGGCUGGCUCCUGGCUGCCUGCAGGCCCUGCCCUCGUUUCCUCCCUCCUCAGCGGGGGAAGCGAGCAUCCACACGGACUCGCAAGCACUCUGGGGUCCCCCCGCCUCGGUCACUGCAGCAGCCUGUGUUGCUUGUUUUGCUCUGAGGUUUGGCUGCCAAGGUGCAGAGACAGGCGUCCCCGAGGAGGGCAGGACGUUGCCCACCUGUGCAGCAGACCCGUUAUCAUAAGUGAUUUUGCCACAAUUCAUGUUAAGGGAGGUGAACCGGUCACUGACCUCUGGGUCCAGUGGGUGUCUUCCACGGGCAACGUCCCCACCUCCCCGGGGGGCCUUCGUCAGAGGCCAGGUUCUGCCCCCCGAGGUGGGCGGGGCCUCCCAGGGCUACCGUGCUGCUGGUGCAGUUGCCAUGGGCACAGCCGCCAACCCAGCGCCUCCCGGGCCAUCAGGACACCCCCUCGGGGGCUGUUGUGCACCCUGUCAGUCACUCUGUCCGCGCUCUGCUCCAAAUCUCUCCUUAAUUUAGCACCAGCAUCUGGAACUAGGCUGCGAGCAGCAGGGGCCCCAGCUGGUCUGGAUGCGGUUGAAGCACUGGUCAUCUUAGGCGUGCUCUCGGGUAUUGACCGAGCAACGAGUUUCUGGAGUUGGGCAAAUGCUGUCAAAGGACGUUGCUCCAGGGUCGUGCACUGGAGUGAACAGCCCGCGGUGGUUACCCGUCCCUCGGCUUCACCGGGCUGCGAUUGCGCACCCCCUGCUUACGCGGCUUUGCCUAGGAUUCCCUGACUCUUCGCUACUUACAAGAGAAAAAUCGCCACAGAAAAUGCACUGAGAUGCUUCACUUCAUGUUACCUUUUUGGGGAAAGAAGGAAGCGUCCUCCCUGCAAAGUCCUGUGGUUUAAUUAAAACUCUUGCCAGAUGGGGGUCUAGGACAUACUUGUCGCUGCACGAGAAACACAUACCUGCUGUGGAUUGACUGGUGCCCCUCCCCACACAAAUCCAUCUGUUGGAGCCUUCACUCCCAGUGUGACAGCACUUCUAGGAGCUAAUCAGGGUUUAAGGGCGGUCUCAAGGGUGAGGACUGGUGCCCUCAUAAGGAGCAACACCAGCAGUGUGUCACGUGCCCAGAGGAGGGGCCGCGGGGAACCAGCAGGCAGGUGGCGUCUGGAGGGCGGCCUCCCCAGAAUCCCCCUGCCAGCACCUUGGCCGUGGGCUUCCAGCCUCCAGAACCCCGAGCAAAGAAAAUAUCUAUUGUUUCAGCCGCCCAGUCCGUGGUAUAGUGUUACGACAGCCCUAAUAGACUCAAUUAAAGACUUGGCUCUUCUCGUUUUCAGAUGCUACAAGAAGGCUUUUCUUUCCCUAUUUCAGUGUUUUCCUCAUGCCCCAGUUCUCUCUCCUCCCAAAAUCCCAAUUCCAAUUUACAGCCCGCACCCGAUUUAUGAAGCCAGCCCCACGGAUUGAGCCGACAUCCUCUCCGCUAACCUCUGACCUGCUCCCGACCUCAACCCUCCCUCCAGAGGUUGUUCCCGCCGGGCUGGGCACCCUGGACCAGCUCCUCGGACCAUCCUCCGCCCAGAUGGACAGGAGGCCACAUACGUUUCUCGGUCUGGACCGAGUGGCGUGGAGGUGACUGUGCAGAUUGAUACGAUAUCUUGGAAAGCGUGAUCAUUGUGGUUUCCUGUCCUGGUGGGAAGAGCCUUUCUCGGUUCAAUAGACCCUCCCGAUACCUCUAGACCCUGCGAGCGAUGGUCCUCGGGGUGAGCACAGUGAGAUGGGGAAGAGUGUCCCGGCUGGGGUUCCAGCACCCACUUCUCUUGGAGCUCCGCCUGGUAAACUAAUUUCCUUCAACUUGAGGGGGGUAUGCAGACCGCUUUGGAUAAAUGCUCAGUGAGAACACCCCUUCCGUGGUUCAUUUCCUAUUUUGCGUCAUUUUAGUAUCACAUUAUCAUGGUAAACGCUGUGUUAUUCUAGGACACCCCUUGGUUUACCACUUAAUGCAUUUUCUAUAUAUGUAACAUUAAAAUAGACUUGCCAACUGGAAGAGCAGAAUUGAAAAGAUGUGAUGUCUUUGCAUGCUUUUCCAAAUCCCUUGGUCUGAAGGGGUUUGGGGGUUGGCAUGGCUUGGAGUCUAUCUACCCCGUGGAUGGGGCCUCAGGCUACUGGGCAGGGCCGGCUUUUAUUGUCGGAUUGGACGCGCACAGCACGCUUGAGCCUGGGUGCUCCCUGAGGACGGCCAGUGUCACCCUGCAAUCGACGGGGAGGGCGCUUCCCUUGCUGGCAUUUGUGAGUUUCUCAGGGCUGCUCCUGAGACGGAAGGGAACCAGUGGUUUGUUAAAAGCAAAACAUAAGAUUUCCAUUUACCUUUUUGAAAGAUGAUUCUUGUAACCAAAAGCAACUAUACAUAAAAUUUCCAGUAUCGGUUAUCUUUGUCAUCGUCUCUGCGUGGCAAAAAGUCAUUUUUCAAAGGUUCUGCAGUUCAAGUUAACGGGGACUGGUAUGCUGGUAAGAUAGUGAAAUGUAAAUAUACUCUAAAGGAUUGUUUAAAGAUAAAUUAAAAAUUACUUUCCUUGUGAGUCAGAGACUCAGUGCCCUCACAGCGGCCUCUACUCCACCUUCUCUUAUUGAUACACAAACCAUCUGAUGAUAACUCGCCUCC